CACUUUCGCAGCCAGUCGUUCGCAGCUGCAUUGCUGUGAUUGCUGUAGCAUUCGCUGUCGCGUGUUGUAUGAGGGGGUCAUAGGUUGUGUCAAUGUAAGUUUGAAUAUGACGCGAUGCUCAUCCCAAUGCUGAGUAUUUACGAAUAGAGCAUGGCUCUAAAAUUAUCAGCGAAAAACCCAAAACCGUUUUAUCGGAUUGUGCAGGAAAACGAGAAAGAUCGGGAGCUGAGGCGUCGUUGGCAACAAAGCAAAUUUGCGAAUACAUCAGCAGAGCAGGAAGAAAAGCUCAUAGAAGCUAACACCAUGAAGGGAGCUAAGCGUGAUUGGAUCUUCAGAGUGCAGGUGCCUAACUUGGAAAAAAAUGAGCUAGUUUACGUUGUUGGAAAUCUUUCUGAGAUUGGAGCAUGGAAUCAUAAUCAAGCUAUUCAAUUACCUCAAGAACGUCCAACAGUUGAUGACACUUCUAAAUUUGAGGCUAACAACAGCUCUUACCGUGUUGGACAUGGAGAUGAAUGUGGUGGUGAUUCUCCAAGUAUAUUCAACGAAGAAGACGACGAUGUUCCUGUCUACUCUCAAACUAUUUCUCUACCUACUGACGUCGAUGUGGAAUUCCGUUACUUCAUAGCAGUCAUCUGCCAGUCUAAUGGCACAAAGAAUUCUGCCAAAACUCUCAUUGUGAGACGUUGGGAAACCCACAUGACCCCCCGACUUAUCAAAAAGAAUGCUCCGAGUAACUUCACUGACGACUUGAAUGUCACCCCUGAUAAGUUUGGCUUCAACAAUGGGUAUUCCAAAGUGGAACGAGGUUGGCUGACUGAUGAAACUGUGAUCCAGUUCAAAAUAUUCAACAAUCCUCUGAAGUUAUGGAAAGAACAACUUCGGGAUCGCAAAGUCAAUAUCAAGGUGACCCCAGUGAAUCUGAUGAGGCACAAUUCCCUGGAGCUUCAGCAAUUAGCAGGAGAAUGUGUAGAGGAUAGUCUAUCAAUGGACACCUUGGACAUCGGUGAUCAGCCAGCUUUUAGUGUGACCGAAAUUUCCGUGAUGAACGAUGAGGAACCCUGCUUCAAGUACCAGGAGCAGUUUGGACGUGCGUACCAUGAAGAUGAUUUCCUGUUGUUCAACGUCGCUGUUAGAUACCCUGAGACUAUCGCCUACCUCGUCGACUUUUACAUCUACAGUUCCAGAUCCUUCCCAGGAGAGCCACCAAAUCAUAUCGGAUUCAGUUAUAUUUUGCCUAGUACUCUACAGUCCAGCGUGGGUUUACUCACUGUACCAAUUACUAGUAGAAAACACAGACCUAUAGGCCAAUUAACCAUCGAGUAUGUACUCAUAAAACCAAUAGCAGACUACCCAUGGGACAUGAGUAUUUCGUAUGCAAAACACUGGGAACAAAGAUGGUCUGGACUUGAUGUGGGGCAUAGAGGUCUUGGAACUUCGUUCAAAUUUGAGAUGAAAAACUGUGCCAAUGUCAGAGAGAACACUAUAGCAUCUUUAAAGACAGCUGCUCAUCACGGCGCGGAUAUGGUCGAGUUUGAUGUCCAGUUAUCAAAAGACUUUAUCCCAGUAAUCUAUCACGAUUUCUAUGUCUCGAUUUCACUCAAACGUAAAAAGCAGAUAGAAGCUAUGGACAUGCUUGAAAUCCCAGUAAAGGAUCUCACUUUAGAACAACUACAUCUACUAAAGGUAUAUCACCUUGCGGAGGGAAGAGAAAAGAAUCCAAGAUUUUUUGACGAGGAUUUAGAAGACCACCAGCCUUUCCCAACGCUUCAAACUGUACUCCAAGAAUUAGAACCACAUGUCGGAUGCAAUGUAGAAAUCAAAUGGACAAUGCAGUUGAAGGACGGCACGUUUGAAUUGAACCACCCAUUCGACCUCAAUAUGUACCUCGACAUAAUAAUAAAAGUGGUACUCGAGCAUGGUGGAAACAGGAAGAUAGUAUUUUCCUGUUUCAAUCCAGAUAUUUGUAUGAUGAUUAGACUGAAGCAGAACAAAUAUCCUGUGGUGUUCUUAACCCAAGGUGUAACUGUAAAAUAUCCAACGUACCACGAUCCCCGGUGCCAAACAAUAACUAUGGCAAUGAGGCAUGCAUUAUCUGCUGAUAUUCUUGGAAUUAACGUCCAUACUGAAGACAUUUUGAGGGAUCCAUCACAGGUCAAACUAGUCAGAGAUGCUGGUCUAAUCAUUUUCUGUUGGGGUGAUGACAAUAACGACAAGGAAACCAUAGCACAUCUAAAAAAACUUGGUCUACACGCUGUGAUUUAUGACAAAAUCGACGAAUAUAAUCAGAAGGAAGUGAAAGAGAGUAUAUUUUUGGUGGACGCAAGGGAAAGUCAAAAGGCACUAAUUGCACUGGCACAUAGUAAUCAAAACUGUGGCCCACCACCAGUACCUGGACCAAAUGCAACCGAAAAAGGAUACUUUUUGGAAUUAGAAAAGACGAGAAAUUUGACAACGACAGCAUCAACUGCUACCUCACUUGGUUCAUUGGCCAGAAACAACCUUGGUUGUGACAGUAUUUAUCCCAUUCCAAUAACUGCGAGUAAUAACUGUAACAGGCAAUUGGAAAGUGGCAACGGCAGUUCUGUGUGCUCAAAGACCUGUGGCCGGUCUGCAGGAAAAGCAAAGAACUCUAGUGAUUCAAUUCGCGGGUUGCCUAUGCGACCACCUGAUAUUUGUGGUGAUGACGAAGCAGCCUCAGAUUGCCUUUGAUGCUUCUGUUUCGGGCCGACUUUCGCGUCCUGGUUGCACUCAUGUCUGGAGUACUCUUCGCAAAAGGCACGUACAAAAGCGUCGUCAAUAGAACUUUGAUUUUUUAGAUUCAAUUUUAACUAUCAAUUAGCUCGGCCGUUUGUUUUAUGGAAAAUUGCUGCUUUGGGCUAAAUUUCACAAGAACCUAUGCACUACCAAAGCAUUUUUCCAUUUUAAUUCAAUUUGCUAAACUUCAGCUGCAUAACUCUUUGUUCGAUUUAAUGAGGCAUUCCGCUAAUACUCUCUUCGCUCUAGCUACAAUGAUGUAUAAUAUUUAUUAGCGGUAGCUGGAUUGACGAAGGUUAAUUAUACGAACUCAAUAAAGACUUUGCGGUAGUAUGCUUCACGCUCAAGAAUACAAUGCAGUGGUCAGCUGUUUGAAGACAAAUAUAUAUCCGAUGUCGCGAUCCAAAGCUCAUCCCCUUCCUCUGCUGAUAUUUAUUUAUCCAAUAAGCUUGGUGACAUCGCGGCAUCGUAUUAUAUGUUGUUUUUGUGAAAAAGUUAUGGCUCGAGAAAUAAAGUUACGUAAAUGAAAUUUUCGUACAAUUGGAAGAGCUUAAUUGGAAAUAAUCUGUAUUGAAAAGUGCGAAUUAUUUGUAGAACGCACAUAGUAUACAUAAGUAAUAAUCAUUAAUUAUAACAUUUCACUAACGACCCUGUACGUCGACUACCCCUCGCAAAUCCCUAACCGAAAUUAAAUACUAAAAGAUAGAUCAGUACAAUUUCGAAAAGAAAAAAACAAUUCCAGUAUGCUUGCCCAUUUAAGAAUCAUGGCCACCACUAAAUAAAAUUGUAAACUAUUGUAGACAUAUUUUUAAAUACAUGCGUUCACUCAUUUUAUUAUAA